AACCCAAAAAAAAAAAAACAUAAUUAUUUCAAGUAAGAGGGGAAAAAAAAAUCCGAUUUUUCCCUUCAUUUCUCCCAGCUUCGCUUCAACCCAGAAAACCAUACCAAAUCUGUCUAGAAUUUAGGGUUUUGCCGAGACAGUGACCGUAUAUAUAUAUAUAUAUGCAUAUAGAUACACACAAUUUAUAUAGAGUGAGAGAGAGAGAGUAAGCGGAGAGAGAGAGAUUGCUUGACGAUUGACGAUGGAAGGAGCCAGCAAUGGAGGGAUGUUGUACCAUGAGGUUCAGGAGUCGAAGCUCUGCGCAGUACAUUGCGUGAACACCGUACUUCAAGGUCCUUUCUUUUCCGAAUUCGAUUUGGCGGCGCUCGCCUCCGAUCUCGAUCGCAAGGAGCGCCAGGUCAUGCUCGGCGGCACUGCUGCCGCCCCCGCCAAUUUCCUCUCCGAGGAGUCUCAUAAUGUCUCCCUCGAUGGCGAUUUCAGCAUUCAGGUUCUAGAAAAGGCUUUGGAGGUUUGGGAUCUUCAAGUUAUCCCCCUUCAUUCUCCGGUUGCCGAGCCUGCCCAAAUUGACCCUGAGCUAGAAAAUGCAUUUAUUUGUCAUUUGCAUGACCACUGGUUCUGUAUCAGGAAAGUGAAUGGAGAGUGGUACAAUUUCGACAGUCUGUAUGCGGCCCCGAUGCACCUCUCCAAGUUUUACCUCUCCGCAUAUCUGGACACAUUAAAAGGCUCUGGUUGGAGCAUUUUCCUUGUGCGUGGAAACUUCCCAAAGGAAUGCUCCAUUCCUGCUUCUGAAGCUUCUAAUGGUUACGGCCAGUGGCUUACACCUGAAGAUGCUGAGAGGAUAACUAAAUCCUGUAACUCUACUCAGGAUCCAUCUCAGACAAUAAAUUUGAACGAGCCUAACGGUCUGUUCUCUGGAGAAGUGGAAAUGCUUUCGCAGAUGGAAGACGAUGACUUGAAGGCUGCCAUAGCUGCCAGUCUGAUGGAUUCUUCCCCGGCAUUGAGCAAGUCUGAAGCUGGUGCUCCUCUACCUCAGGAUGAAAACCAAAGCAGCAAAGACAAAAGUGAAUAAGAAAGAAUAAUUUAUAUUCUUUUAAUUCAUCUUACUGGUUGGAGAACAAUAAUCCAUGUUUUAGGUAGCCGUACACACAUCCUUGGCUCAAGAUUGUUGUAUUUUAUAAGGGGGGGUAUACACAUCUGCAUCAUUCGUCUGCCAAGGCUACAUUUAGAGUUUUAUACAUUGUAUGUAAACUUUGAACAAAUAAGACCUCCCAGCUUUGCAAAUGGAUGAUCAUAAUUUCUGGGUUUUGCCAACCAUAAUUGUAGGUUUCAGAAUUGAGAUAAUCAGAUCUUUCCUCAUCCUUUAC